UUGGAGAAACUACAAAAUCUAGGGUUUGUUCCAAUUUAGCAGCAAGAGAGGAGAUAGAGAGAGAGCUUGCAUUUGAUUGUGCCCCUUCAGAGUCUCCUUCUCCACCUCAACAAUGAUCAUUCCAGAGAAGAAUCGCAGAGAGAUCUCCAAAUACCUCUUUCAAGAGGGUGUGUGCUAUGCAAAGAAAGAUUACAACCUCGCGAAGCACCCAGAUAUCGAUGUGCCCAACCUACAGGUCAUCAAGCUCAUGCAGAGCUUCAAAUCUAAGGAGUACGUGCGAGAAACCUUCGCUUGGAUGCACUAUUACUGGUAUUUGACCAACGAUGGCAUUGAAUUUCUCAGAACUUAUCUCAAUUUGCCAUCUGAGAUCGUUCCCAAUACCCUCAAGAGAGCGGCCCGUCCUAUUCCGGCCGGUGGUCGUUUCGGUGGUGGUCCACCUGGUGAUCGUCCACGUGGUCCACCUAGAUUUGAAGGAGAUAGGCCAAGGUUUGGUGAUCGUGAUGGUUACCGUGGAGGUCCAAGAGGAGGGCCUCCUGGCGAGUUUGGUGAAAAGGGAGGAGCUCCAGCUGAUUACCAACCGUCAUUUAGGGGUCCAGGUGGAAGGCCUGGGUUCGGUCGCGGUGGUGGUGGUUUUGGUGCCGGGCCUGCUAGUGGAAGUUCGGCUUAAGCAAGAGAUGCUAUUAAGCUCUCAGUUUUGGCUGCUUUGACAUAGUUUGCCAAAGUUGAGGUGUUAUUGUGCCUUAGGAUAAAGUUAAAAUGACUUGUGGGUGCUUUGUUAAGUUUGUAUUGGGAUAUCCAUCUCUGUUCUGUUUUUGGCUUUUGAGGAUAUGAGCAAGAGCUAGCUAGUUAAUACAUUCCCAGUUUAAGUUAUUGCUUCAGAUUUUAUUGUGGUUGCCAUUAAAUUUAGCUUCUAUUCACACCACUUUUUGCAAGUGCACAUCAUAUUUUUGUUUGGAUAUCAAUUAAUGAACAAAUUCUAUAGUUUGGCUA